CCAGCUUGACUUGAUCCGCUCAAAGGACUCGGGGAGAUUUUCUCCGGCGAUCCGCGUCCAGUCACGGCGAGGCCGAACCGUCCAGCAGGAUCCAUCCGACGUCUAGAGGGCUGGAGCUUCACCGGGAGUCAAACGGCGGAUGGUUUUGUCUCCAGGCGGGGGACCUGGAAGCCCCGGCCCGCGGCGGGAGCAGGGAGGAGGCCCCGACGCCCCCUUGUUCUGACCCAGAAAACAGCACCGACCGCCGGCCUACCUGUCAACUAAAGGCCGGCUAGCUACUGGCCACCCGGAGCUCGCAGGGCGGCAGAGGAGGGCGGUUAACGGGACACAUUUGCCCGUUAGGACGGGUUUUUGUUCUGAUUGGACUCAUUAAUUAAUCUGAGACAUUUAAACUGCGACCUUCUGCUGCUAGCUCCGGGCUAGCUGUCCCAGUUAGCUUCUCUCCCGGCUCCUGAGCGGGCACGGACGAGUCCGGUACCGGUACCGGUCCUUUCUCAUCAUUCACGGAGCUCACCGGACACGUCCAUCAUGGCCGCCGCCUUUUUCAAGGAGAUAGUCAGCAGGAAUAAGAGACGGUACCAGGAGGACGGGUUCGACCUGGACCUGACCUACAUUUAUCCAAACAUCAUUGCGAUGGGGUUUCCCGCCGAGCGUCUGGAGGGUGUCUACAGGAACAACAUUGAUGAUGUUGUACGGUUUUUAGACUCGAAGCACAAGAAUCACUACAAGAUCUACAACCUGUGUGCGGAACGACAUUACGACACAGCAAAGUUCAACUGUCGAGUCGCUCAGUACCCGUUUGAGGACCACAACCCGCCCCAGCUGGAGCUGAUCAAGCCGUUCUGCGAGGACCUGGACAAGUGGUUGAGCGAGGACGAGCAGCACGUGGCCGCCAUCCACUGCAAGGCGGGAAAAGGUCGCACCGGCGUCAUGAUCUGCGCCUACCUGCUGCACCGUGGCAAGUUUCAGGAGGCACAGGAGGCUCUGGACUUCUACGGAGAGGUCCGCACGCGGGACAAGAAGGGCGUGACCAUCCCCAGUCAACGGCGUUACGUCAUCUACUACAGCUUCCUGUUGAGGAACCAGCUGCUCUACAAACCUGUCGCUCUGCUCUUCCACAAGAUGCUGUUUGAAACCAUCCCGAUGUUCACCGGAGGAACCUGCAACCCUCAGUUCGUCGUGUACCAGUUAAAGGUGAAGAUUCAUACAUCUAGCUCCGCCCAUACGCGGCGUGAAGACAAACUGAUGCUGUUCGAGUUUCCUCAGCCACUUCCUGUCUGUGGCGACAUCAAGGUGGAGUUCUUCCACAAGCAAAACAAGAUGAUGAAGAAGGAAAAGAUGUUCCACUUCUGGGUCAACACGUUCUUCAUCCCCGGGCCAGAGGAGAACCUUGACAGGCUGGAGAAUGGCAGCGCCGGGACACCAAGGGAACCGGCUGACAGGAUGUACCAGAACCAGAACCUGGGGACAGUGCCGGGAGGAGAGACCAGUGACCGGGACUACCUGGUUCUGACAUUGACCAAGAACGACCUGGACAAGGCCAACAAGGACAAGGCCAACAGGAACUUCUCCCCCAACUUUAAGGUCAAACUGUUUUUCACAAAGACGGUGGAGGAAGGAGCGAACUGUGACACAAGCAGCACGUCGGCCUCUGUGACGCCGGACGUCAGCGACAAUGAACCGGAUCACUACCGGUACUCUGACACGACGGACUCUGAUCCGGAGAACGAGCCGUACGAAGAGGACCAUCAGAACCAGAUCACUAAAGUCUGACACACACACACACAUACACACACACACACACACAUACAUAUACACACAUACACAUUCACACACACACACACGGUAUGAACUGGACUCAGAUCAGCUGAUCGGGUCUAGAACCAGUCCUGAUCCAGUCUGUGGACUCUGAAGAGCUCAGAUCGGUGUGUGUCAGCUGAUCCUCCCUCCCCCCACAAUCUUCUGCUUGAUGCUGGACAAUCACAUGACCUGACGGUCGGAGGUGAGGAGGGCAGGGCUGAACAAGUGGGCGGGGUCAAGUGGACAGAAUGGACAGAUUUCAAAAUAAAACUUUAAAACUUGAAUAUAAACAAACUGAAAGACGAGUAGGCUUCUUUAGUGUUGACCCACAAUCCCCCUGUUUGGCUGCCCACAAUCCCCGUGUCAGAAUGACCUCCAUGUCUCAGUCUGUGGCGAGCUCCUCUCUCUGCGUGCAACUCGGUCAGAUCAUGCCGGACUCUUCAGGUCCUCACAAAUCCACCUGGACCCACAUCUAUGAUAGAUCCACCUGGAUCUAUAAUAGAUGUGGAUAUGUGAAAACCAGCUGAGAUAAAUCCAGUCUGUACCUGCUGUAAACACCGGAACUCCACUGCGCUCGGCUCUGAGAGGUUCAAACAAAACAUUCAAACCAGCAGACAGCAUGAUACCUGUUUCAUCAGGUUGUUCUAACAGUAAGAUGUCUGCCGAUGUCCACUGACAGUGAAACGAGCCGGUCUGAGUGUAGAAUCGAUGUUUGGUUUGUCAUAUUUGAACCAGGCUGAGCCGGUUCUGGCUGGUCGGGACUGGGCUGAGGCAGCACACAGAGAGAAGCCUAUCUGAAUGUGAUGAUGAGAAACAAUCACCUCCUGUUGAACAGGUCUGGUCCGACUGUGAACAAACUGAAGGAUCCUGGUCAGUCCGACUCUUUGGGGGUGCUUGGUUUUGAUGUGCAUUGGAAGACAGGUGGGCUGGGUUUGCACACACUUGCUCGGUGCUGGUGGUGUGCUAGUUCUGUUGAAAGUCCUAUAGCUCAGAGUCUCUUAACCUCGAGGUCCGGAUGAGGCCUUGUGGAUAUCGAUGGUGGUGCACCGAGCUACUAAGCUGGGCCGCUUCCAACAGGUUUCAUGACCACAGCCGGUUCUGAGAGUCCCGAGGUUUGCCUCGUAGGGUCGGCGCUCUGUAACUAUGACUCUGUCCAUAGAUCCUGAAUCAUUUACUCACUUCUUCUUGGAGAUUUUAAACAUUAGAUUGUGUAACACCAGUUUUGGGAUCACAUCAUCAUGAGCAGCUUCAAGGCUUCACAGAGACCCGUGAACCUUCAGGUGCUCUGAUCCGUCAAGAUUGAAGGUCGUCGUCUGGGCUUUGAGAUCUGACUCAAUGUUGGAGGUUUCAACAGACUUUGAAGGAUUGCUGUGUUGCUGCUGUUUUACAGGCUCAGUUUGAAGGUUUGUUUGUUUCUCUCGUUACAGUCAGGUUAAUCAGUCAAAUUUAUUGGAGCAUUCUCCAGAUGUGGGUAGAAGUUUUAGUCCUGAUUUCCGUCCUAACAUUUGGUGCUACUUCCUGUCAUUGGCUCUGCGUUGGUCCUGUAGUUACUGGGUGUUCAUCAUAGGUUUCAACAUUCUGGAUCGGGUUUUGAAGUUCCUGUUGUCAGCCCCGUAGACCUGAUCACACAGGAUGACGUCGUCUUUAUCAGGCCCAGCAGAGGGCAAAGUUCAACUCUUAAAUAAGUCAUUAGAAGUACAAGAAGUUGCCACUGAUCCAAUGCGUCCUGUGUGGUCACAUCUUGAGGUUUUAAGCUUUUGUAGCCUUGUGCUAACAGCUAACCAGGCCUACAGGUCAUCCUGUUGGAUUGAAGGUGCUAAGCUAAGCUAGCUGAUGCUGAGCCUGUAGUCUGUCUGUGGUGCUCUCGACCAGCCACAAGUGUUCGUCCAUCUUCGACUCGUGGCGUGGAGCAGCUGUCAUCAGAGCGGCGAUCUGUCCAGAGGCUUUAUUUGUGUAGCUGUGGCUAUUUUACAGCAACAACACUUCUGUCCUCAAACCCUGUUAGGUGCUGUCAGGCCUAGGCUCACUUCCUGUCAUCAACCCUUUCAGACAUGACUGGUGUGUCGACUGAUGUGGACUCCAGAACCAGCAGUUAAAGUUCAGUUUGGUUCGGUCAGGACACUGUUUAAAUGUAUCUAAUGAGGCUGAACCAGUUCUGUCGGUGCUGUGGUAACUUUGGCACAUCAGGAGUCGAGUCGAGGCACCAGAAUCUCAAACUAGUUGACUGGUUGAUACUUCCUUUAACUGAAAUACCACUGAGUGUCUUGUUGAGCGGCGGUCAUGUACUGUACAUACUAGUUCACUGGUUUCAGGUGUUUGAGGCCGGGUAGGUGCUGUCCACGUCUGUUUCAGGUGCUCUACCUUUUUCUUUGGACCUUUUUAUAGUUGUUGGUCACGGCAGCACAUCCUCGUUCAGCUGUGUCAGGUCCAUCUGGACACAAAUAUGAAAGUUAACAGAACCAGAACCAGCGCCGAUCCAGAAAGACGAUUUUCUCCUGAACUCAGAUUUGACUUAAUUAGACAUCAGAUCCAAAGUUUCCAUCAGAUGUUUGAAGUUCCGGCAUGUAUCCAGAAAGAAAACAGACAAGACAAAGAAUUUGUAAAAACAUCCAUUGUAAUGUUCCGACAUUUCAAAUCUGUGACUGAAAUCAGCCGAGUGUGACCCCAUAGAGGAACCUUAAACUUAUUGCUUUUAAUAAAACUUUACUAAAUCUACCUUUUGAGAAUUACAAUUGACGUUACAACUUGUUGAUGAUGUUAUAGACAACCCUUUCAGCGGUAAAUCUUCGUUGUUGUUUCAAUUCUUUGUGUUGAUGUCAAAUUACAAACCUGCCAAAUGAAGCUCAGACUUUUAUUGAAUGUUUUAAUUGUUGGGUAGUUUGGAGAUGACACGGUAAACACCGUCUAUGGUAACAGUAAUUGUGGUCCGUGUUCAUGAUAAACACAGUCUAUGUUCAUGUCCUGCUUCUUGCCUUAAGGUGUCACAUCAGCUCUCCGUCCUGUCCACGCAGUGUUUCUGGUGAAGGUAAACUCACCUUGAAUUUGUGGUUUUGGCUUUUAUUGAAGUGAAUGAGACAGGAAGUCCUCUUAGGACCGAGGCACCAGGUGAUCGUACCGUGACUCGACGGUUCCUCUUGAGUCGUGUACAUGAACCACCUCUACUGUCUGUAAAAAAAACAACAGAGGACGGUUCGGUUCUGGUCGGAUCUUGUUGGGGCUCUCUGAUGACAGUUGGUUAAAUAUCCCGUUCGUUGCUGCUAAGCUCCGCCACCCUAAGUUGUGGUUGCUAUCCUGUCGAUCUUUACAAUGAUAACGGUAAUCUUCAGGUAAAUGUUCCGACAGGUGGUUCUUGUUGGUUCUUGUACACGGUUGUGAUUCAGACUCUUUCAUGGAGCGGUUCAGUUUGAGCCCGGCAGUCCAGAAUUUGUGUUCAUGAUUGUCGUGUUUUUAUCUGUCAACUCAUUUUUGUACUCCGACAAACAGAAUCUCAGCAGAACUCCGGCCCGGAUCAUCAUGGAUCAACAUUUCACGUUAAACUGACCCCCCCGGUUCUUUUCUUCUGUCCCUCUCGUUUUAUAAUGAAAUAAGAACACUGUAAAGGUGAAUAAACUAUUUAUAAACA